GUCAAAAAUAAAUGUUAUUAUUUAACAUUAUUUAUUUAUGCAUCUCAAAUGCAUGCAAAUAUAUAAAUUAAAUAAUACCACACAUUCCUUUUUUUGUUAUUAGAAUAUCAUUUUUCAUGUACUGCGAUGCAUAAGCGCGCAAAUCCCAUUACAAUAUAAUAUGCAUAUGCAGAAAAAAUGAAUCUUUAUAAAAAUGAUCGCUAAUUGUUAAAAGAAAAUGCCAUUUUGUUGAAUUUUUUUUGCAUGGUUCAUUUCAUAUUCAUUGUGAUUUAUUUUUUCUUUAACUUUUUUUUUUUUCGCAAAAAUUUUGAAAGCAAUUUUCCUCGACCCCAUUGAAAAAAAUAAAUUUAAAAAUAUAUAUAAAAUUUUAAAUUACUUUAUCUUUUUUUUUAUAUUUAUUUAUUAUUUUUAAUAGUUUCUGUUAACUGCUUUCUAUAUUGAUUUUCUUUUUCUGUAUACAAUUUUUUAUCAUUUCUUCUUUUUUCAGCAGUUUACAUUUUUUUUUGUUUUCUUUAACCCAAAAUAAGGUGACUGUAUUUUAACAAUACAUUUCAAAUAUACAUGAAAGUUUCGUAACUUUAUAAUGAUAUGAAUAAAAAAAACUAAAAUAAUAAUAUUAAGCCAGUAACAAUUUCCCAUAUGGGAAUUAAAUUUAUACAAAACUAAAUUUUUUUUAGAAAUCACGCUGUAUCAUUUUAAAAGAACACCAUGGCUGAAAAAAGAAAUGUUUCAGUUUUUUUCUCCGUAGUACUUUUGUGCUCACUCUUAGUUUGGUCACCAGCUCACCCCGAUUGGGAAGAAUAUGAUGCCUGUUACAACUAUCGAAAGACUGCUGAAGCAAGAACAAAGCGAUUACUCGCAGCAGCAAGGCAGCAUAGACAAAAUCCACGAGCCACAGCUGUUCGCGCAGGUCCUCGUGCGCAACAAGGAAAAAAGGCAAAGGGUAAAGCAGGAGCACGCGGAAUAAAAGAAGAAGAAGAAGAAGAAGAAGAAGAAGAAGAAGAAGAAAUAGAAGUAGGACCAGGAAUUUAUCCAGAAGAUGGUGAUAUUUUACCACCAAUUCAAGAAGAAGAAGAAGAAGUAGCGGAACAUUUUUCACAAGAUGGUGAUGAAGAAUCAUUAUUUUUACAAAGUACAGAUGGUCAAUACUCUGAUUUACAAGAGGCAUCAUGGUUUGGUCCACAUGGUCCUACUGCUUUCCAUUUACCGACACGUGUCUACGGAGGUAGAAAACAACGCGAAAAGGCAAAACAUGAGAAACCUCAACGACAUGCUUCAGAAAAAUCCGGUAAGGAAAAAAAAGGAAAAGCCGAAAGUAAAGAAAGAGAAGAAUCGUAUCUUGGUAAAUACAAAAGUGAGCCAUACUACGGUACACUAAAGAUCUUGUAUGAAAGAAGUCUAGACGAAUUAUUUUAUAAUUUAAGAGACAUGCUCGAUGAUACAUACAAAACUGAAGGACGUGAACGCAAUGAUCAUUUCUACAAUGAAUUAGAUGUUCUCCUUAAACUUUUCACGAGGGACAAAUUUAAUGAAGAUAAACAGAGCAUCAAGGCAAAAUACCAAUCUUCAGGUCAACUCUCCAGUGCUCGUUGCCACAAUGAAAUAAUGUUUAUCUUUAAAAAAUUAAACGAUGAUCAAAUGAACUUUGAAAAGAAGGUUCUUGAACUAAAAUACCUAGAUAACAAAAAAGCGCACGAUGAAGAAUUCCAAACUAAAACGAAGGCUAUCACUGAAAAAUACGAAGAUGAAUAUAGGAAAUAUGAUAAAAAACUUUUAGAAGAAUUAAAAAAAAAAAACCACGUCGAUGAAUUGUACAAGGAAGUGCACUACCAGAUUGAUUCUGAUUUCAUGAAACAAGAUUUCGACAUUGCAGAUUACUACACUGAAAAAAAAGAGAAAUACGAAAAAUUCAAACAUACUGAAUUCGAUGAAGCGAAAAAAUUAGUCGAAAAGAAAUACCAAAGUGCAGGAAAGUCUUUCGAUUCAAAUUUCUACGAUGAAAUAAAUGCGCUGUGUGAUCUCUUUGCAGGUAGAAGGCACAGAAAUGAUAAGAAAAUUGUCGACGAAAGGUACGUAUCUGUAGGACUGCCUCUCGAUAAUCAUUACUAUGAUGAAUUAAAGUUUGUCUUUGAAUGUUAUACCAAUUCUAGAUAUGACAAUGAUAUGUGGCUUCUUAAUUUAAGAUACACAACUGAAGGAAAACAACGCGAUAGUGCUUAUGAAUGUGAAAUGGAAUCUAUCUAUGAAAAAUACGACAAAAAACAAAAAGAUUAUGCAAAAACUCUUCACGAAUUAAUGCAAAGCAGAAAAAAAUCUGAAGAAGAAAUGAAAGGUAGAGGCAGGGCUAAAGCAAAUGGUAUGCUAGGAAAACUCCUUACCACAGGCUUACCCUUUGGAUCACUCACUCCAUCCGCGCGUGACUGCCCAAGUGUAACUAUAAAUGGUGAUAUUUUCAAAGAUGCUGAUGAAAAACUUAGUGCAUACAAACAAGAACCGUACUACGCUGAAUUAAAGGAUUUAUACGAAAGAUCCAAGCAUCAAGAUUUUUAUAAUGUAAAAAAGUUUAUCGAUGACAAGUAUGAUGCGCAAAAGAGAUCUUACGACAGUCAUUACUAUAAUGAAAUUGAUUUUUUUCUUAAACUAUUGAUCAGGGAUAAAUUUCUUGAGGAGAGGAAUAGUAUCCUAGAAAAGUACAGAAGUGGAGAUCAUAAUGACGGUCGUUGCUACAAUGAAUUAACUUACCUGUUUAGAAAAUAUAACGAAGAUCAAAUGAUGACCGAACAGAGGGUUCUUGAAUUAAGAUACCUCAAUGAAUAUCUUCCACGAGGUCCAGAAUAUUUUCAAGAACUAAUGAUAAAGAAACAAAAUUAUGACAACAAGCGUAGAGUAUAUGAAAAAAAACUUGAUAAUGAAUUGAAGAAACCAUUACCUAAAAAAAAAAACGAUAAAAGUGAAUUGUUUGAUGGUUUAUAUUACCACGAUGAUGAUGAAUUUAGCAAUCGAAAGUUCGACAAGGAAGCAUACUUCGAUGAUAUGAAGAGAUUAUAUGAACCUUACAAACAUACCGAAUUCGAAGAUAUAAAAAGAAUUGUCGAUGAUAAAUACCGAAAACAAGGAAAAUCAGUCGACCCAAGUUACUACACAGAAAUAAAUCGUCUAUGUGACAUCCUCCUUACUAAACAUUACGAACAAGAAAAACAAUUUGCCCGUGAAAGAUACAUAUUUUUUAAUUUACCUGUCGAUAAGCAUUACGUUGAUGAGUUAAAGUAUCUGCAUGAAGUUUAUACCAAUAGUCAAUACGAUAAUGAAGUUUGGCUUCUCCGUUUAAGAUUUCAGAAUGAAGGACGACCAAUUACCGAUAGAAGUUUUGAAAAAGAAAAGCAAACUAUCUAUUCAAAAUACGACAAAAAACAAAAAGAGUAUACAAAAAGACUUCAAGAAGAAGUAGGUGGCAAAAAAGUAAAAGCUGAUAGUGAAGUACUUAAUAAACCGUACUCCCCUAGAUUAAAGCUUUCGCAAGGCAAACCCAAAGACGGAAAUUACCAAAAUGAACCAUACCGUGUUCACAUAAAGACUAUGCUUGAAAAAUGUUAUCAGGAAGAACUUAAUAAUAUAAUAAAAAUGGUCACUGAUAAGUACCAGGCUACUGGAAGACCUUUCGAUAACCAUUACUACAACGAAAUAGACUUGCUGUAUAAACUGUUCAAAAAUGAAAAAUACAAACAUGAGAGACAGAUUAUUAAAGAAAAGUAUGGUGCUUCAGGACUAACCCGAGAUAAGAAAUGCUUUAAUGAAAUAAUGUAUCUCUAUGGAAGAUUUAGCAAUGAUAAAUUGAAUGCUGAAAAAAGAAUUCUUGAAUUAAGAUACCAAAAUGAGGGACGCCCUCAAGAUAAAGAUUAUUUUACGAGAUUAAUGGAUAUAAAUUCAAGAUACAACUCUGAGAGAAAGACUUAUAAAAAACAUCUUCAAACCGAAUUGCAAACAUCAAAAUUAGAUCCUUGGGAAUACCAUGGUGAAGAAUACAAAGGUAUUUACUACGAUGAUAAUGAAUUGAACGAUCCAAGUUUUGAUCUUCCAAAUUAUUACAAUGAGAUGAAGAUUUUGUAUGAAAGAUAUCGACACUCUGAGUUCGAUGAUGCAAAAAAAUUCCUGGAUGAAAAAUACCAUCAUCAAGGAAGACCCUACGAUGACACCUACUACUGUGAACUAAACGCUUUGACAUAUCUAUUCUUGAAGGAAAGAUUUGAUAAGGAAAAAGCCUUUAUCGAAGGUAAAUACACAACUGCAGAAUUACCACGUGAUAAUAAACAUUACUUCAGUGAACUAAAAUAUCUCGGUGAAAUAUUUCACUACUUACAACGUACAUAUGAACAUAUGCUUCUAAAUGUGAAAUACCAAAAUGAAGGAUUAUCUCGCAAUGAAUAUUAUCAUCGUGAACUUACCGAUAUCUAUAAAAAAUAUGAUCAGAAACAGAAAAAAUAUGAAAAAAGACUUCAAGAAGACAUAGCUGGCAGGAAAAACCAACUUCUUGAAGAACAGGACGAAGAUGAAAUAAGAAACCUACAUUAUCAAAGUAAACUCAUGAGUUUGCUUACUAAACAAAAAAAUUAUGAUGACGCUAGUGAACAAUACAACUUGAACAUAAUGGCUUUGAAAGAUGGCAGCAAACAUGAUGAAUUCCAGAAUGUAAAAAAAUUUCUUGAUGAUAAAUACACGACUAUGGGAAGGCCUUACGAUGAUCAUUACUACAAUGAAUUAGAUUUUAUUCUUAAAUGUUUAAACUUGGAAACAUACCACAAUGAAAAAUGUAGGAUAAGGGAAAGAUACCAGAAUUCGGGAUUACAAAAAGAUGGAACUGACUACCGUGAUGCAUUGUUUGCCUACCAAUUAUACAAGCAAGAAAAUUUAAACAAUGAGAAAUGCAUUCUGGGUUUAAAAUAUCAACGUCGAGGACUUCCGCGCGAUCAUAAUUAUCAGAAAGAAUUAGAUGCUCUAACUGAAAAAUAUGAAAAAGAAGGUAAUAAAUAUGAAAGAAGACUUAGAGAUGAAAUGGAUACGAAAUUCAGUGUCCGGGAAUACUAUGAUGAUGUUUACGAAUCUGCGGAUUACAAAAAUGAUGAAGAAUUUUCCCAUUCUGGUUUUGACGUUGCGGCAUACUACAAUGAAGCGAAGAUUUUAUUCGAAAGAUACCAGAAUAAUGAAUUCGAUGAAGUAAAAAGAAUUGUCGAUGAAAAAUACAAUGAUGAAGGAAAACCGUACGAUGAUAGUUACUACAGUGAAUUAAAGCGACUCGCUGACGAUUGUAGCACUGAAAGAUACAAAGAAGAAAAAAAAAAUAUCAAUGAUAAGUACAAAGAAUUAGGGCAGCCUCAAGUUAAUGAAUUUUACUAUGGUGAAUUAAUGGAUAUAUUUAAUUGGUUCAACCAUAGACAAUGUUUAAGUGAAAUGUGGGUUUUACAUCUAAGAUAUCAAAAUGAAGGAAAGUCGCGGGAUGAAAAUUUUCAUAGUCAGUUGCAAAUUAUAGGUGAAAAAUAUGAUGAGAAAAAAGAAAAGUAUGCUAAAAAACUUGAAGAACAUUAUAAUAAACACAGAGGAAGACAUUAUAAUUAUAAUCAGGAUGAUUUAAACCCUGAGUAUUACAAUGAGAUUGAAUACUACGACAAGUUACUGCUUUUGUUUGGAAAAUAUGACCGUCGAGAAUUCGAUAAAAUAAAAAACCGUAUUGAUGACAAAUACAAAGUUGAAGCAAGACCUUUCAAUAAACAUUACUACAAUGAAUUAGAACGUACCGCUUAUGGAAAAAGCAAUGAUAAAUAUAAUAAAGAAGUAGAAAAGAUCCAUCUAAGAUACCACAGGGAAAACAGACCUCGCAAUGAUCAAUACUACCAGGAAUUAAUGAAAGCCUUUGAAAAAAACAGCGAAGAUAAAUUUAAUUUGGGUAAGGUGAUCCUCGAUUUACAAUACAAAAAUAAUGGACUUCCUCACGAUGAAAAAUAUCGUGAUGGUGUAAAGAAACUCUAUGAUAAAUUAAUUGCUGAUAACGACAAGCACUGGCAGGAGCUUAGCGCUGAAUUGAGGGGUAGAAAAAAAACUAAUGAUUUUUACACCGCAGAAUAUAAAGGUCCUAUUGAUUUCCUCGAUGAUGAUAUUACCGAAGAAGAUCAAGCUAAUGAGAAUUAUUACAAAACGUUAAAGCAAUUGACUACAAAAUUCGACGAUCAAAGAUAUAAAAAUGUAAAGAAAGAUAUGGAUAGAAAAUACAAAGAUCAAGGUAAAACAUAUUGCGAUUUGCACUACUACAGAGAACUAACAAGAGGUGUUGAUAAAGCUAUCAAUAAAAGACACCAGGAAGAAAAAGCGCGUCUCAAUAAGAAAUACGGAAAAGGAACAAAAGUCCUCAAUUCAAGUUACUACAGCGAAUUAUUGAGCCUCUUUGAUAAAUACAACUGUGAACAGUUUAACACGCAUAAAAGAGUCCUUGAUGAAAAAUACAAUUCUGAAAGAAAACCUCGUGAUGAUGCUUAUCACGCAGAAUUAAAGUCCAUCUUCGAGCAAUACAGCUCCGAAAAGCAGGAUUAUUAUAAAAAGCUUCAUGAUGAAUAUAUGCAAAAGAAAAUGUUAGGUGAAGUUGUAGACGAUGAUGUAAAUCCGGGUCAUAAGAUUUUUAAAAAUGGAACGGAUAGUACUGAGUAUUAUACCAAAUUAUUGGAUAUUUUCCAUAAUGGCCACGCUGACGAUUUCAAUAAUGUUAAAAAUCUUGUCGAUGAAAAAUAUCAAGGAAAACCAUUAGAUAUUCACUACUACGCUGAAGUAGAUCGUAUUUGCACUGAAUUCAACGGGAACGCAUACAAAAAAGAAAAAGAGUUGCUCAAUGAAAAAUACCAACGAGAUGGACUACCUUACGACGAUGAAUAUUACCAGAAAUUACUCCUUCUAUAUCACAAAUAUGCAGAUGAUCAAAUGCAUGAUAGAAGAAUGCUUUUAGAUCUAAAACGAGAAAACGAAGGACGUCCAGAGGAUGAUUAUUUCCAGAGUAUAAUAAAAACUCUCUAUGAAAAAUGCACAUCUGAGGAACAAGCAUAUGAGAACAAGCUUUAUGAUGAAUUGAAUGAUAGAAAAGUCAAUAAUGAUUUCCACUCCUUUAGAGAAGGCGACAAUAGUGAAGUCCAAAGUAGUGAUUUCAAUGAAAAUACUUACAAACCUGAAUCGUACUACGAUACUUUAAGGGAAUCAUUUGAAUCCAGCGAUGGAAAUUUUGAUGAAGUACGACAUAUUGUCGAGUCGAAAUACGAAGAAGAAGGAAGAGUUUUCGAUAAGCAUUUUUACAAUGAAAUACUACGUGUUUGUGAUGUAUUCACCUAUGAAAAACUCAAUCAUGAGAGUUGGUAUGUCUAUGAACAAUAUAGAGCUCGCCAUAGACCUUUCGAUGAACAAUACUGCAAUGCAUUAAUGAAUAUCUUUGAUAAAUAUAAUAAAGAAAGGUUGGACAACGAAAAGAAAGCCCUUGAAUUAAGAUACCAAAGAGAAAAUCUGCCUAGAGAUGCUGAAUAUCAUGAGCAAAUAACGUCUCUCACUGAAAAAUACAACGACGAAAAAGAAAAUUAUGAAAAUAUGCUUAAUGCGGAAUAUAAAAGAAGAAAAGAAUCAGGAGAUAUAGAUCCUUAUGAACUGCCCACUCCUCCCGUAAGCCUCAUAAGUACUAUGGAUGAAGAUGAUUACAAAAAUGAACAAUACUACAAAAAACUACAGCAACUUCGUGAACAAUGCAACAAAACUCAGUUCGAAAAAGUAAGAAAAAUUGUCGAUGAAUUAUACCAGGUUGGAGAAAAUGGCUACGAUGAAAGUUACUAUCAAGAAUUAUGCCGUAUCGGUUCAGAAUUGAUCAAUGAAAAAUACAAAAAAGAAAAGAAAGCUAUCAAAAACAAAUAUAAAAAACCAGAUGGAUUACCUCGUGAUAGUCAUUACUAUAAUCAAUUAAUGCGCCUCUUUGAAAAAUACAACGAUGAACACAUGAACUAUGAAAAAUUGGUCAUGGAAUUAAAAUACUACAACGAAAAGAAGCCUCAGGAUGAAAGUUUUCAUGCUCUAUUAAAGGCUCUCUAUAACAGAUGUGAAUACGAUAAACAAAUGUAUCAACAGAAGCUUCUAGACAAAAUCAGUAAAAAUGAAAAUCCUUCUGGAGAAUACGAUGAUGGCGAUGAUGAUGAUGAUGAUGACAGUGAUGAUUUCAGCACAUAUAAUAGUGGCUCACAAAAAUAUACAGAUGAUGAUUUCCAAAGAGAACUUACCAGAAUGACGAAAUCAUACGACCCUACAAUUUUCCAUACUUUAAAACAAACCGUUGAUGAAGAAUACCAAUCUUCAGGAAGGAACAUAGAUGCUGAUUACUUCAAAGAAGUAAAUAAUCGCUGUAUUAAAAACAUCCAGGAAAGACAGCAGAAUGAGAAAAAUGCUAUCACUUCAGCAUACAAGGCAAUGCCUGGCGGACUUAUUGGUGAUGAAUACAACAAUGAUUUAAUUGAUCUAAAUAAUAAGUACUGCGACGAGAAAUUCAACAACGAAAAAUAUAUCCUCGAGUUAAGAUACGAAAGAGAAGGACGUCGUCGCAAUGAAGAUUAUCACAAACAAAUAAAGGCUCUCUUUGAUAAAAACCAACGUGAAAGGGAAAAAUAUGCAAAGAAAUUACAUGAUGAAUUGUCCAAGAGAAGAGAAAAAGCCCUUGCAAAACAACAAGAAAAUGAAAUAGAUGAAACGGAAACCGAAGAUCCCAAAGAUCAAUAUUUGAAAAAGCAAGAAUACGAGGCAGAAGUAAAAGCUCUUAAUGAAACAUUCGCAGGUGAAGAAAGAAAACGCCAAGAAGCUUACGGCCGUGAAUUAAAGGGCCUCUUUGAGAAAUACAACAAGAAUUUGAAGGCUUUGUUAGAAAAAUGCGAUAAGGACAACAAAAAUAAAACUUAUGUGAGUGAAAAAAAACUAUUAGACCAAAAAUACAAAAAAGGAGCACCAGGUGUUGCUCUCCCUGAUGAGUACUACGGUGAAUUCAAGGGUCUCUUUGAAAAAUUCCCUACUGUAAGUUAUCACAAGGGAAAGCAAACUCUAGAUGAAUUAUGUGCUAAUGAAAAAGCAGCUCAUGAUUCACAUUAUGCCGAAAAACAUAAAACUCUCACUGAGAAAUACAAUAGUCAAUUAAGAGUUCUUUGUGAAAAGUACAAUCAAGAAUAUCCGGGGGACAUGUUAUCAGCAAGUGCAUCACAACCACCAGUAGCAAAGCCCAAAGCUAAAAAAGCUACUGCACCAAGACAAAGAAAACCAGUAAGAUAA